AUACCACGCACGUGUGUCAAUAAACAAUUGAGUGAUUGAAUGAGGCUUAGAAGUUUCUUAAUUAGGAGGGUAACAAAAAGCAUUUAAGGGGAAACAAAAUACUAUUUACCUUCCAUCCAGCAACAGCCUUCUUUACAUCUCUACAACAGAGAAACGGUUUGUGGUGGCUGUCUGAAAUAUAUCCAAUAUGAGCACGUACUGAUAGAUGUUAUUACAGAAUUUGUGCGAAAUCUUGAUUUAGAUGAUCAUGCUGACUUCAAUUAUUGUAAAACUUCAGAGAGUAGGAGGGAAACUUUUCACGAAGCACUUAUUUGUAACUAAUGCCACAAUUGGUUUAAUCAUAACGGGUGCCGGAGAUGCAAUUCAGCAAAGCAUCGAACAUCGUCUGGUUGAAAAGAAACCCUUUGAUAAACAGAGAAUCGUUGCCAUGUCUACCAGUGGCAUUGUGCUUGGAGCGCUGGGCCAUUAUUGGUAUGGCAUGCUGGACCGCAGAUUUCCUGGUACAAAGGCUGUAUCUGUGAUUAAAAAACUUCUUUCUGAAAUGGCUCUCAGUCCUCCAUUUGCAUUGGUCAUGUUUCAGGGAGUUGGAUUACUUGAGGGACGAUCUCAGAGGCAGUGUUUCGAAGACUACAAGGAAAAUAUUUUUACAGUUCUAAUGUUUGACUACUCAUUUUUUCUGCCAUUCCAAACCCUUAAUUUCAUCUUUCUUCCUCCUCGGUUUAGAGUUGGAUAUGUGGGAACUUUAACACUAAUUUAUGAUAUAUUUAUGUCAUACAUUAUUCAUAAGGAGGACACCAUGGGGCAUAGACACGUCACAGCAGGUUAAUUCUCAACUUAAUUUUACCGAAGUAAAGAUAUAGUACAUUAUUAGAUUCAAUGAAAUGGGCUUGUUGAACAUCAUAUUAGGAAGUAUUCUACAUCAAUGAUGGUUUGUAGGAAUUUAGCUCUUGACUUAUUUGUUAUUAAUUAGUGUUAAAAACUUCUGUGAACAAGGUGAUGGAAUGUUUAAUUUCAUACAAGUGAUGAGUCCCCACCCCCACCCCACAGAAGUGUAAGAUAGAACUGUUUAAACCCUAUCAUAUAUGUGUUUGAGUGCUGAUAAUUUUACAAAAUUAAAGAGAAAAUACAUUGUGGUAAAUACAUUAUUGCAAAUUUUUACGUUUAAAAUACUUUUUGUGUAAUGAAAACUAAACCAUUGUUUUAAAGAUGUUGUUACUUGUAAAACAUCUUGGGUCCAUUUUUUAUUGUUAGAAAUUUACUCAGAAAAGUAUAACCAUUUUUUUCUGUGACACUAUGUUUUGAUUUUUUUUUUCCAUAUAAGAUGUAGUACGAUCCAAACUCUUGUUCCGAGUAUAUUCUUCUUUUACCUGUUUAUCAUUUUGUAGGUUAUAAUUGAUUUAGUUUUAAAUCACUUUCUGCUUUUGUUUGAGAUAAAAUUAAUGAUUAACUUUCCUCGGGCUUCAAACUGAUAAUAAUUUAGUAAACUAGUUUUGAUAGAAUAUAUCAGUUUACACUUUUGUAUUAUCACUGGCCAGCGACGUAGCCUGUUGUUGUUUUGGGGGGAUAGGGUAUUCAAUAUAGCAGUUUCAGCCAACUCAAGUUUUUGUAAAACUAAAUGAAACAAUGAUUUUUUCUAAGUUUAUUUGUGCAAUGCUCUAUAUAGAAGCACAUUAAAUGAAUAAAAGAUUACAUAAGGAAGGUCUUUUCUGGUGUAGCAUUGAGUAAAAAAUCAACCAAAACUGUGAAUUACAGACUGUGAAGGUGUGUAUUUAUGAACCAUGUGAAUUCCCCUCCAGCUGUGUUGGUACCAAAUAAUGUGAUUUAGUCACAAAAGUAAAUUUUUUUCUAUGAAAAAAAUGCUGUAACUAUUUAAUUAUUACAUGUAAUAAGUUUCAGUGAAAUACUGUCGUGACUGAGGUUACAUAAUCCAAUCAUGUAGAGCAAUUGGUUGCUUGGAGUUCCUGUUGUGUGUGACGAAUGAUUGGUAUUUGUAAUAUCUGCUAUUUUGUUUUACUGUUUUCUUAAACUAAUAGCUCGUAUGUAAAGUUAAAUAUUGAUACUCAAAACUGUUUUUAAAAGCUCACAAAGUUUUGGACAUAACAUACCAAUAUUCAAUCUGUAUUUUGAAUUCUGUUUCACUUCUUUAUAUGCAUUUCUUCAUUCCUUUUUGUUGUUGUUGUUUAAAGAUACAAGCUGUUGAGUAAGUCAUUCCAUGUUGUACCUUUUGACUCACCUGUGUGAGUUUUGUUUCUUUUUUUAUGGGGGGUGGGAUGCAGCUUUUAAUGAUGUUCUUACUUGUCACAGAUUUAACAUGAUUCUCUUAUCGUAAACUGAACUAGAGUCACUUCUUUAUAAUUGCUGUUACUAGAACAUGUCUAAAUAAUCUCCAGAGGUUAUGUAACUUCAGAAGCUAAACUUAUUUAACUGUCAGUGUAUGAAGCAAACCUGUUUUAAUGAAUCUUUUAUAAAAAUAUUCACUCUAAUAAAUAUAGUUCCACACUUCUAUAUGUGAUUGAAAGUUUUAAUUCUUGUUUUUGAUUCAGUUUAAAAUGGUGUGUCCUCACAAUAUUCAGUAUGGUCGGGAAACGGUAAAAAGAAGACUUGCCCUUGUUUUUAUGUCAAGUUCAGACUUAUAGCACUGUCAGAGGUUAACAGUUGAUCAGCCAUUAAAUGUUUUUAAGGUAUCUUGGAAUUUUGGGUGUCCCGAAAUAAAUGAAAUUUUGUUUCUCAUGUGUUUCAUAUGAAUAAGUUCCAGCCAGUAAAUGAUUGCAUUUAUAGAUCAAUAUCCAUCUUCUGCAUGCAGCAUUGUAUGUUUCUGAUGAUGCAAGAAACAGUGUUACAGUAUAGCAGUAACAUUGGUUUAUAAAGUUUAAAAGAUGUAAAUAGAACUGAUUUAUUAACACUUGGAUUAUGAGUUGAAGAGUGACCAAACAAGCAUCAGAGAUAGAAAAAAUCAUGCUGGCCAUGAACCGUAGUAAAUGAUAGAUAACUGCAAUAGUGCUUGAAAUUAUCAGAAAUGGAAGACAGUUCGAUGUCAGAGAUAUUCUGUCUGUGGAAACCUGUAUUUAUAAAAGAUCUCUGUUGUAAGGGUUCUAAGAAUAUUAAAUUAAUGCAACAACACAGAUUAGGCAUUAGUAAUUGGUUAAUACCAGUAUUACAGUGUUAAAGGGGGGGGGGGUCCAUUCCAUGGCAAGAGUAUUACAGGUAUUGGUUGUUGGUUGAAUUAAUUUAAGCCUGAAACUAAAAUGUCAUAUGAUUGGCCUAUAGGAAAAUAAUAUCCUGUUUCUUUCUGAAUAACCUAAUAAUUGUAAAUUACAAAACUUGGCAAAAAUGAAUUUUUAGUCACCUAAGCUAAUUUAAUGGAAUAUGCUUCACUUCAGUUUUAAUUUUGCUAGAUGUGUCGUGUGGGAUUUCAACUGUUUAAAUGGGUUAUUAUGUUUAGUGCAUGGCUGGUAAUUGGACUAAAAUAUGUUUAGACUUAGGUUAUUAGCGUAUUCAAGAAAUAAAAAUGAACAUAUUAAGUAGAUAAAGCUUGGUUAGUACUUGUAAACCAAGUCCUUCAAGUGUGAUGGAUCUUCAUGACGAUGUUUUUUGUUGGUAGCAAAUACAGUUGUAUUAAAUACUACAAAAAAAUAACUGCUUUUUUUUCUGUACAACAGAAUAAAUCAAUGCCAGUUUAGCACUUAAUCCAGAAUUGAAAAUUGAUAUUUUAAUUGCUGUGUGCAUGCUAGAAACAUCUAUAUGAAACUAUAGCACAAAACUAAUGUUAUCACAUAGGUGACCUGUACAUACUGGCCAAAAAAAAUAGAAGCCUCUCCUUCAUAUUGCUUUGGGCCACCUAACGACAGCUCAAAUGCACUGUGGCAGGGGUUCCAUAAGACAUUGGAGGAUAGCCAACUCUAUUUCUUCAACUGUCCAACCUUUAACUUUUGAAUGGUUGUGGGCUAUGCUUCUUCACUGCACAUACCACAGAUUAUCAAUAAAAUUGAGAUCUGAUGACUGUGGUGGCCCGCAUAGAUGCCGAAGUUUUGUAUCAGUGUGGACGGGAGCAUUGCCGUCCUGAAAGUAGCCAUCAUUGUUGGGUAGAAAUGAGGCACUGCUGGGUGCACUUGGUCUGAUACGAUGCUCGGGUGUUCCCCAGGUGUGAAUCGUCCCUUCUGCAUUAUCGGAAGGCAAAAUCCAUGAAUAUUCCUCACAGCGAUGCUUCACCACCAGUGACCUGAACAUUAGAAAUGACAUGAAGAGUUUCUAAUUUUUUAACCAGUGUGUGCACACAUCAGAAAUAGGGCAGCCAAUGGCUGUCUGUAGUACAUAAUACAGACUUGCACUUGGGGUUACAAAAUUCUUUUAUUUUAUUAAACAUAAUGCCUUAGAUCAGUUAUCCUCAAAAUGUGGUAUGUGUACUGCUAAUGUUAUGUGGAGCCUAAUGUCUAAUUCUUGUUUAGAGUAACUCGUUAAAAAAAAAAAUUAUGUAUAGUUAUAGAUAAGUAGAAGCAAUUUUUAAAGAAAAUCAAAGACAUUUUAUCUAGAGGGGCUUUAAAGUUUAAAUUUAAAAAAUGCCUUCUAUUGUGAGAUGACUGUAGAAAUUUCAUCACAACACCAAAUGGUUUUGAUGUUCACUUCUUUGAGUAUGAAACUGAUAUUUGAAAGAAUCCAUAAAUAGGUAUUGGUGAAAAUAUAAGAAUUUAGUUUCUGUUAGAAUAAUGUUAUGACACAAAUGUAGCAAAACUUGCAGGGUCCUUGUAGUAUUAAAAAGUCAUUGAUAAUUUAAUGGAGAAUAAUCUAGAACAUAGAAGCACCUGAAGUAAGACAUGAUACUCUAGUCUAGUCCUCAGAAAGUAUUUAAAAUCCUUAUUACUAUAUGGACUUGUAGUUAUUCGAAAAGUACAGUUGUAGAACACUUAACAUUAAAACUGCCAAGAUGAUAAGGAAAAGUAACCAUCUAAAUGUUGCCUACUGAUUUGUGUUUCCUGUUGUGUUCCAUAUCUUCAACUUAACUAUUCUUCUGUAAUGUGCAACAUUGUUGGUCGUCCUUGACAAGUUCUCACCUGAUUUAAACCACUUUUUCCUUUUCAAAGCAUUAUCCUUGCAUUGGUUGUGAGAUCAUCGAUUGUUGGAUAGUAAAUCCGAAUAAUUAAUUAUUAAAGCUGUGUAAAUUAAUGGUCUACUUCAGCCACGGGCCAACUAUUGUGUAGUGAUUGAAGUAUCAGGCUGCAGACAGGAGGGUCCGAGGUUCAAUAUGUGAUACCGCUAAACACUAUUCUUUCAAUGGGUGACCAUGUUAUUAAAGACACAGUCAAUCCCAUUAUCUGGUUCAAGGAACUAGACAAACCCUCUAUAGCAGCAGACACUAUUAGCUGGCUGCUUUAAGUGUGGUCAGUAACUCAAAAUUUGGGAUUGAUAUACCUGAAUCCUAGGGAUUUUGACCAGGCCAUUUAGCCCAGUUUUACAUGGGUCUUUGGUGUACAUUUUAACAUGUGGCCAAUGGCUUAUAUUAACUAGAUUACUAAUAGAAAAAUUAAAUAUAAACCACUCAGCCAUGUCCAUUAACAAACCACCACUACGAAAGCUACUAGAUUUAAAGCAUUGUUCAUGUUUGACAUUCAUUGGUAUAAAAAAAUCAGUCAGUCCAGUUAUUAAACAAAUAGUAUGUUAUAAAACCUACCAGUAGGUGGCCUUAUUGAUGUAUUGUUAGAGUAAAUGUUAAUUGGGGAGAUAUUUUUAACCCUAUUAUUAUGUGAUUUAAUAAAUUUGCUAAGCAGUUAUAGACAAUGAAACGACCUAUUACUUUGGAUAAGCUAUUUUUAGAAAAUAAGGCUGUUAUUAUUGAACCAGUUGCCGUGUUACAGGUUCUUAUUUUGUUGUUGUUGCUCACCAAAGGUAAAAUUGAAAAUAUAAUCUGUGACGUAAAGACCUAAUGCAUCUGCUGUGGCGUGAAGUUUGGGUCAGCAAAUCAAAGUAUUAGAGUAAUGAUUCGUAUAAUGGUGGUGUGUAUAUAAUAUUUAUGGUGUUUUAAAUGCUUUUGAAAUCACCAUUUAGUAAUCUAAGUUUAUUUAGCUGUAUGAAUAAUAUUGUGGCAUUAUGCCUAAUUUAUUAUUCCGAAUUAUACAGUGGCUCAGGGCGUGUAUUGGUGCCUCUUAGGUAUUUAUGUAAAUAUGUAUAUACACUUUCUGUUAAGUUAGGAAGUGUUUUUACAAUUGGUCUAGAUAACUGAUUCCCAGCCUGUGACAUGCGUACUUCUGGGUGUAGGUGGGGGCAUAGGGUAUGCGAGAACCUUUGAAAAACGUUAAAAGGUAUCAACUAGCUAAGUUUUUUGUGUCAGGGCUAUACAGCACUGGUUGAAAGGUUUGGGGUACGUGGCAUAACAAAAAAAUUGAGAACCACUGAUUUAGAAUAUUUCUGUGAAUAUUUAAAGUUAUGAAAAAUAAAAAAAAACGAGUUCUUGAACACAAAUUCGACAUUAUGUUAAUUUUGUGGUUUUAAUAGAGCCGUAAUUUGACAUUUUGAAGCCACUUUCUUUGGGACUUGAAGUUCCAAUUGGUGAAGUGUGUAUCUUUGUAAGAAGGAAAGUGUGAUGAAUUAUUGUAAGUGUUUGCUUAACCAAUCUGAUGCUACUAUCUACCACUACCUACCGAGAAGAGAAGUUGUCUGGUGUAACGUACGCCCCCUACUGGAAAUCCGAUAUUAAUAGUUAUUUUACGACAAACUUGUAAUCAUUGGAUAAGAAGUACAUAAAAAUAGAAUAUUGUUUCAGAAGUACCACUUGAUACUUGUAACUACUUUAUGAACAACCAGUAAUAAUAUUGUUAUCCUUUGUAGUAGCUCAAAUAAAACUUUGAUUUUUUGUA